GAGAAAUAUUUUUAGUUUUGGAGAAAGAAAAGGAAAACUCAAGCUCAACAAACACCCGCGGGAUUUGGAUCUGUUUGUUACCAGUCUCUCAACAACAAUAACAACGUUCCACGGGAUUCAAUUUCAUUAUUAUUAUUAUUAUUAUUUUUUGGUAAUUCAAUUUUAUUAUGUUACACUUCCAUAGUGAUAUUAUUAAUAUUAAUGAUAUAUUAUUAACAACCAAAUCACGGAACUUGUUGAUUGGUUCCCUCUUUCUCUGUUUGUCUCUCUCUCUCUUCUCUCUCUCUCUCUUUCUGUGUCUGUGUUUAGCUUAAACAGUAGAGAGAAACAAAACCGCACAACGAAGCUGGACCUCCUUCUCACUUAGCCAUGACACCUUGGAAUGUAUUUGAGGCCGCUUCUUUCUUCAUGAGAAAGAUGUACUCCCAUCUUGAAUUUGCUUGCUUUUGCAAUGGUCGAAAGAAAAGUUCAAUGGAAAGAUGUUCCUCUGUUGGUAUAUCAGAGUUUGGGCUUGGUUUUCGGCAACUUGUGUAUUGCUCCUCUUUUUGUGUAUAAAAAUACAUUUACUGGAAGGUUGGGUCGUUACCGGUCCGAGGAUACAGUAUUUGGGGCGUUCUCAGUGAUAUUUUGGACUAUUACUUUUCUUGCAUUGUUCAAGUAUGUUGUUUUCAUGUUAAGAAUAGACGAUAAUGGUCAAGGAGGGCUCAUGGCAUUGUACUCGCUUCUUUGCAGAAAUGCGAAAUUCUCUUUGUUACCUAAUCAGCAAGCAGCUGAUGAGGAGCUUUCUACAUAUCAUUACCCAGGUCACUCAAAUAGAAAUACACCUACCACUUUGUUGAGAAGAUUUAUUGAGAGACAGAAAUAUGCAAAGACCGGUUUACUUCUUCUAGUUUUGUUGGGAGCCUGCAUGGUGAUUAGCGUUGGUGUCCUUGCACCUGCAAUUUCAGUGUUUGCAUCAAUUGAAGGGCUGGAAGUUCGAGCAAAGAAUGUGCAUAGUGGUGUGGUGGUCAUUAUUUCCUGCACUUUGUUAGUUUUCGUUUAUUUCUUGCAACACCGUGGCUCCCACAAGUUGGCAAUUUUGUUUACGCCAAUUGUAAUUCUAUGGCUACUGGCCAUUGCUUCCAUUGGAAUCUUCAACAUCAUUAAGUGGAAUCCUGGGGUAUAUCAGGCUCUUUCACCUUAUUAUAUUUACAACUUUUUUAAGGUCACUGGGAAGGAUGGGUGGAUUGCUCUUGGAGGAAUACUUUUAUGUCUUGCUGGAGCUGAAGCUAUGUUUGCUCAUCUUGGCCAUUUCACAGCAACAUCAAUCAGGGUUGCAUUUUCUUUCAUCAUUUAUCCAUGUCUAGUACUUCAAUACAUGGGGCAAGCUGCAUUUCUUUCAAAAAAUUUAUCCGCAGCGCAUAAGAGCUUCUAUGCUUCUGUUCCUGAUCCCUUCUUUUGGCCAGUUUUUGUUCUAGCAACUUUGACAGCAACUGUUGCCAGUCAGGCAGUUAUCUCAGCCACAUUCUCCAUUGUCAAAGAGUGUGCUGCUUUUGGAUGUUUCCCUCGUGUCAAGAUUGUACGCACAAGGAGAUGGGUUCCUGGUCAGAUAUAUAUUCCAGAGCUAAACUGGAUCAUUAUGAUUCUCAGUCUAGUUGUCACAAUUGGUUUUCAAGACACAAAUCAUAUGGGAAAUGCUUACGGGGUCGCAUAUAUGACUGUUACAAUCACAAGUACAUUGUUGGCGUCACUAGUCAUCAACCUUGUGUGGCAGAAGAGUCUCAUUGUUGCUCUUUUAUUCAUCAUACUAUUUGGAUCAGUUGAGAUAAUCUCUCUUGCAUCUUUUUUUAUGAGAAUCGCAAAAGGUGGAUGGAUUCCUCUUGUCAUCUCAGGAGUCUACUUCGUCAUUAUGUAUGUGUGGCAUUAUGGUGCAAGGAAAAAAUAUUUGUAUGACCUGCAUAACAAGGUUUCUAUGAGGUGGAUCCUUACACUGGGUUCUAGUCUUGGGAUAAUUAGGGUUCCUGGGAUCGGCCUCAUCUAUACAGAGUUGUCUAGUGGGGUCCCUGCCACAUUUACUCAUUUCUUAACUAACUUACCUGCUUUUUACCAAGUGGUUGUAUUUGUCUGUAUUAAAACUGUCCCUGUUCCGCAUGUACCCCAUAAAGAAAGGUAUCUCAUUGGUCGGAUUGGUCCCAAAUCUUACCGGCUAUACCGCUGCAUUAUUCGCAACGGUUACAAAGAUACAUCCAGACACGGAGAUGAUUUUGAAAAUGAUCUAGUGAUGAGCCUAGCAGAGUUCAUUCAAAUGGAAGCAGAAGGUUCUAGGACAGGUGAUGGCGCUGGGGAUGGUCGGAUGGCAGUUGUGAAGUCAUCUGAAAAGUUUGGUACAAGAUUGGCAAUGUCAGAGACUUCUGGUCCUGGAGAAAGCAGCGGCUCAAAUCCAUCAACCACUGUGGGUAACUGCAAAUCAGCCGCACUGCGGAAUUUGCAGGCCAUGUAUGAGCAAGAAUCACCUAGACUGAACCAUAGACGGCAUUGUAAGUUUGAGUUGCCAGAUACAAAGUACAGCGAUUCACAAGUCAAGAAUGAGCUUUUGGAGCUAGUGGAAGCUAAGCGCGCUGGGAUAACAUAUGUUAUAGGCCACUCACACAUAAAGGCGAAACUUAACUCCCCAUUUUUAAAGAAGUUUGCAAUCAAUAUGGCCUACUCUUUCCUUCGGAAAAACUGCCGGUCCCCUUCUGUCACAUUGAACAUUCCUCGUAUUUGUUUGAUUAAGGUUGGAAUGAACUACUAUGUGUAGUGCAAGGCCCUCUCUGGUGACUUAAAUUUUUGUGAAAAAUUUGUACCGCUGCAGUGAAACUUGAAUGGUACAAGAUUUACGAGUAUCAAAUCUUAAUCAACUUGUAUAUAGCGUAGGGGAAGAGUUGAAUACCAAGAUCAUGCUGCUCCUAUUUGGGUACUGCGAGUUCUACUACUUCUUGAGAAGCAUGUUCAGGCUAUGGAUUGAAAAGGAUUCUUGAACUGAUACCCAGUUCAUUUUUGUUUGUUCUCUGAAAGGUUAUAAUUUUGGUUGCUAUAUAAGCUCAAAAUUUGGUCUGUUCAUAGUAAAUAAAACAUUUGUUUUACGCAAUGCUUGUUGAAAGAAGUGGUGAUAGAAGUUCUUUGAUA